AUGAAUACAUUUUUUUCGACAAGUAAAUCAUCGUCAAUUGCCUCUCGAUUUGGUAUUGAUGGUACUCGAGAUAAUCCAACAGUUAUUUUUACAAAUUCUAUUGACGAUCAUAUUCAUGAUCAGCUGUAUGCUCUUAUUGAAAAUUCGAGUCAUUUUAGCCAUGAAGAAGAAAUAUUAUUUUCAAUAGGUACAAUAUUUAGGAUUGAAAAUGUUGAACCAAUGAAUGAUACUAUUUGGUCCAUUGAAUUAAAAUUAUAUAAUAGACACAACUUAGAACUAAAGCAACUUAUGAUUAGUUUUGAGGAAGAAAUUAGCAAAACAUCAACACUUUUCGAUCUUGGUAAUAUAUUCUUCUACAUGGGAGAUAACGAUAGAGCAGAAAAAUACAAUCGAAUUUUACUUGAACAAUUGCCACCAAAUGAUGAUUUUAUGUUAAUAGUUUACACCAAUAUUGGUGAUACUUAUUUAAAUAGAGGAAACUAUCACAUAACGUCAGAAUAUUAUGAGCCAGCUCUAUCAAUAGCGUUGAAUCUAGAAUCAGAUUUUCAAAUAGCUCUUGCUUACGUAUACGAUUCAAUCGGUUUGUUAAACGAUUGA